AUGGCCGACACUGACCGGCACAGAGAUCCUCACAGCACGGUGGAGAGGCUGAGUCUGAACUUCCUGCCUCCUGCUGUCCAUCGUCUCCUCUUCAGCCAAUCAGAAGAGUUCCCUUGGGGCCGCCUCCUCCUCAGGGCGAUGUACGGAGCCGUGAGCGGGACAGUCCUGUUCCUGGGACUCUGUCACAGUCUGCCGCUGACCUUUGACCUGCAGCUGGCAGCAGCAGCUGUAUUCAUUGGUGUGUGUGCAGCCUGCUGCUCCUGCUCCUCGUCCUGCAGAUGUUCCCUCCUCCUCAUGUUUCCCAGCAUGCUCGGAACCAGAGGACGAGCGUACCUGAUGCUGCUCCUCCUGACGGUGCUGUGCAGAGGGCCGCUCUCUAACAUCCAGAGCAACGUGGAGGCGGCGGCUCUCUCUCUCAGCUGUAACCUGGAUCUGCAGAUUCACCACAGCAAGGUCCUGUGGAGAGAGACCCUGGCUCCUUAUAUCAUCAUCUCUCAGCAACUCAUGGACGAUAAAGAGGAGUUUCAGUCGGAGGUUCGGAGCGUCAGCAGGACGUUUCAGGAUGUCAGAGACCAGGUCGUCCGUCAGUACGGAUACAACGGCUUCAACAGGAAGUACACAGGGACAGGAAGCAGCACGCAGGAGCAGUUCAGCUCCCGGACCAUGAUGCAGUGCGACAAUGUGGUGGAGGGUGGGGUGCAGCGCUGCUCUGAUUGGUUCAGCCUCAGGUGGGCGGAGUGUAUGGAGGUGGUCUCUGUCCCUGUCAUCAACCACCUGCUCUGCGUCUUCAUGAGGCUUCACUUCCUGUGUGACGUGUUCAGAGUGAUGACCCCGUGGUGCAGGGAUCAGAUCCCGGUGGAGGGAAACUUCGGUCAGCUGUUCGACCGCCUCAACCAAUCAGUGGACCUCCUGAGCCGAGAGUUCAGCGCCGAGCUGGUCCUGCAGGUGACCUCCUCUAACUCCACCCUAACACCUCCUAACACCUCCUCUAACUCCACCCUAACACCUCCUAGCACCUCCUCUAACUCCACCCUAACACCUCCUAGCACCUCCUCUAACUCCACCCUAACACCUCCUAACACCUCCUCUAACUCCACCCUAACACCUCCUAGCACCUCCUCUAACUCCACCCUAACACCUCUUAGCACCUCCUCUAACUCCAUUCUAACACCUAUUAGCCCCUCCUCUAACUCCACCCUAACACCUCCUAACACCUCCUCUAACUCCACCCUAACACCUCUUAGCACCUCCUCUAACUCCACCCUAACACCUCUUAGCCCCUCCUCUAACUCCAUUCUAACACCUCUUAGCACCUCCUCUAACUCCACCCUAACACCUCCUCUAACUCCACCCUAA